GGUGUUUUGCCUGCUCAGCCUCUGACAGGAGCACAAACUCGCGGUGCUACGGACUGAUUCAUGCUCCCACUCCGCAGCACGACGUACUUUGGGUUUUGCUGUUGCAUAGUAGGCAGAGGCUAUUUUUAACCGGAGCAAGGUUAUGAAACCUUAGACCCAGCUGGGUGAAAAUAAUCUGGUCUGAACUGGAAAGCACGGCUUUGUGUGGCUGGGAACACGCGUGGGACUGUCCCCUGGAGGCUCCUGGUGGGAUGAUCCCGCUCCCCUCGGCUCCAGCCAGCCCCGAAAUCGGGAAGUGCUGUCAUCGGGAGGCUGUCACGGCGGCACGGGGGAAACCACUUAAUUAUAUGACAAAAACGGCGUCACCAUGAGCGGAGUAUUGAAAAGGAAGUAUGAAGAGCUGGGAGAUGACAGCACCUACUGCUCCUCCUCCUCCUGCUCCCCCCUGUCCUCCUCAGCAUCCUCAGGCUGGGACACUGAUGAGGAGAAUUCCCGUGGAGAGCCCAAGCCCAGCUCUGCCUUAAUGUCCAGCUUCACCCCCACGUCAAUCCUGAAGAAAUCCAAGCGACUAAAGAAGAACAAUGUGGAGUUUGACCGGGUCACUGUGUUUUACUUCCCACGCUGCCAGGGCUUCACGAGCGUGCCCAGCCGUGGGGGCUGUACCCUGGGCAUGGUCAGCAAGCACAGCUCCUCCCGCCAGUUCACGCUGGCAGAGUUUUCAAAGGAGCAGGAGAACGUCCGUCGGGGCAAGCUCGAAGAGAAAUUAAAAGAGGAGAAGUUGGAAGCGUUGAAAUGGAAACUGACCAUGAACGGCACCAAGGAGUCGGAGGAGGCCAACCAGCUCACCAUCGAGGACAUCUCCGACGACGACAUCGACGUCAGCAACGUGGACCUGGAGGAUGGCUUCUUCCUGCAGCCCUACCCCGCCAAGAAGAGGCGGGCGCUGCUGAAGGCCGUGGGCGUGAAGAAAAUCGACAAGGAGGAGAAGCGGGAGCUGCACAACAUCCGCCUGUCCCGGGAGGACUGCGGCUGCGACUGCCGCGAGGUCUGCGACCCCGAGACCUGCAGCUGCAGCUUGGCAGGCAUUAAAUGUCAGAUGGAUCACACCUCCUUCCCCUGCGGCUGCACCAAGGACGGCUGCGGCAACACCGAGGGCAGGAUCGAGUUCAACCAGGCCCGCGUGCAGACGCAUUUCAUCCACACCAUCAUGAAGCUGGAGCUGGAGAAGCAGCAGCAGCAGAGCAGCGAGAAGGUGGCGGAGGCUGAGCCCCCAUUCCGGGAGCGACUCCCUGCGCUGGGAUGCGCGGCAGGGAAGGGCUCGCUGGAGGAGCGCGCGGUGCCGCUGGCGCCUGCCUUCCAGUUCAGCCCCGACCUGGAGGCCCUGGGGGAGAACAGCUGCAGCAGUGACAUGACAGACUCCUCCAUCUCCUCCCACCCCAGCGAGGACCUGGAGGAGCCCUACGAGAGCCUCCCCUCCGACAAGUCCCAGUCGGACGUGGACGACGACGGCUUGGCGCGCAUCCUCCACUUCAAUGACUCGGACGCCGAGGAGGAGGGCAGGCGUGGCCAGGAUGACCUCGGCUGCUUCCAUCCCACCGACUUCUUCAUCGAGGACCACGGCAGCGAGGCCAAGCCCGUCCCUGGCCACUUGUCCCACCUGUCGGAGUGCCUGGAUGAGAAUGCCAACCAGGACAGCGGGGGUUUGCUGGAGGAUGCAGCCCACGGGAGGUGCGAUGGGCUGUCCUGCUGCGCCCCCUCCUCCACUGAGCCCUGCUCCAAGAGCUACGCCGACCUCAGCCUUUCCUCUGAUUCCUUGGAUUUCUUCCAGUCCUUCUCGGACUAUAACUUGGGACCCCUUUACAACUCCUUAAAGGAGUAUGAGAACCUGGAUAACUUCUCAGCGUUACAGUUUCAGUUGCCUAAUUUCCCUGGCUUCCCACAAGCCGGAGAUCAGGGCUCCUGUUUCUUGGAGUCCCUCAUUGGUUUGUCUGAAUCCGUCCCUGAAACCCCAGCCCCUUUCACAGACAAUCAACUUUUGGAGGAUGCCAUCAAGUCAUCACUGAUGGAGACAGUGAAGGUGUGAAACACUGAUGUGGCUCAGGCAAGGACUGAUGCCAAAAGGAAAACGAAGGAACAGUUGGACAGGCAAACUUUCACUGAAAGGAUGGUGUGCUACUCAAAUCUAAGGAGGAAAAAACAGCAACAGCAGAAGACUUUCUAAGCAAAUUAACUAUUUUUGGUCUUUAUACAACAUGGACGUUUUGACAUACUGCAGCUACAAUCAGUUCUCUUGCUGUUUGUGCAAAAAUUUCUAAACUUUCAUGACGGGGUGGGGAAGGGAGGGAGGGAGAAAGACUUUCACAUGAGAAUUUCCUUGUGUUUUGUACGAAAAGACCCGUUGAGAAAAACUCCUCGCUAACGUUGCCAGUCGUCCAUACAGCCCCUUCUAGAAACGUUUCAGUGUUGCAGGAACUUUUUAAGGCAACUUUUUGAUGCUGUAUUUAUUGUGAAAAUUUGUGGUUUGCGUAAGAGUUGGCCCAACACACUCUUACGUUUAAAUCUGAUGAGGUUUACAGAAGAGAUCCAUACACUAUAUACAUAAUCAUUCUUCAUCUAUUUAUUGCAAAUUCCAGAAUUUAACUAGCCACUGAAGCUUGAACUAGCAUGAAACCUUAUUUAAAUUGGUAAUACCUCAGAUGUAUUAUGUGUACAAUCAUAUUUUUUUGCAUAAUAUAUCUGUAUUUAUUUAUUUUCUACCUGUAGUACGUGAAUAGCACUGUGGUUUGUCGAUGACCUGGAAGGGCAAUAAGGUCUUCAAGAGGAAGAUGACCCUGGUUUUUCUGA